AUGCAGAACGCGCAUUCCAUCUCCAACCUAAGCGGGCCACGCUACGUCUGCAGCACCCCCAACGGGGGUUUUGCCAUCAGCGAAGAAUGCGGGGAGGUCAAGCUCUUCGACAGCAGCCACAAGUUGGUCUUUUCCGUCAGCAGCAAAUACGGCCACCGGUUUGGCAACCCUGCGGGCCUCUGUGCCGAUAAAGAAGGCAAUAUUAUCGUUGCGGACGAACAGCGGCAGAAAAUCCACCUGUUCCCUCAGAACGGUUCGGCAAUCUGCCUCGUUUCUAAAGGCCUUCUCAGACCGACCAGCGUCGCCUGUGCCAUAGACGGCUCGCUUUUUGUCACCGACAGCGGGGACAAUGACAUCAAAGUCUUCAAAUAUCGCGUCAGGCCCCAUUACAUUCCCGACAUUAUACCUGCUGACAAUCCAAGUUAUUCGCCGCGAGGGAAGGCAGGAUAG